AUGUUGGCGGGUUUGUUCCGCUCGAUACAUCACGGGAGGCAGCUGAAGAGGCAAUCGAUCGGUCGUGGUCUUGGCAGCUCGGUAGAAUUUGCGAGUCGGCCGAGGAUCCUGGCCGGUACACUCCGAGUCCUCGGGAUCGAGUCUUCGUGCGACGAUUCGUGUGCCAGCAUCGUCGCGUCCGACAAGCGGAUCCUUUCCAACGUCCGGCUCGGCCAGAACCACGUCCACAAGGCUUUCAAUGGCAUCCAUCCGUACCAUGCUAUCCAUGCCCACCAGAUCAACAUCCCCAUCGCCAUUGGACGCGCGUUAAAAGAAGCAGACAUCAAGCUCACUGAACUAGAUGGAAUUGCAUACACCCGUGGACCGGGAAUGGCGGGCUGCCUGGCGGUAGGAGCAACGGCGGCCAAAAGUCUAGCGGCAGCAACCGGGGUACCCUUGUUGGCUGUUCACCACAUGCAAGCUCAUGCUCUUACGCCUUUCCUAACCCAGACUCAGGAGGAGCUCGCAUACCCGUUCUUGACACUACUGGUAUCAGGCGGUCAUACCAUGCUGGUCUUGGUCAGCUCAUCCAGUGAAUUCAAAAUCUUGGCGAAUACGGCCGACAAGCCGCUAGGACUCGCGAUUGACAAGAUCUCGAGAGCACUGGAUGUGCCAUGGCCGGACGGAAGUGCCUCCCCGGGGUCAGCGCUGGAGAUGUUUGUGACAGCGGCGGGCGAAGAGGCGCAGGAAGAGGUGGCGCCGCUCCCGCUAGCGCUGCGAACAGGGCCCUCGGUCUUCUCAUUCUGCGGCCUCCAGACGGCCACGAUGCGCCGACUCGACGCCAUCUCGGACGGCCAUCCUUCGAGUGCACAGAAGCGGGCAAUCGGGAGAGCCUUUUUCGACGCCGCCUUCGGCCAGAUCGAGGGCAAAAUCCGCCACUGGAUCCUUGAGCUCUCUUCCAACCAUGCGAUCAAACUGAAAGGCUUGGUCAUCAGUGGCGGUGUCGGAAGUAACCAGAUCUUGCGAGACAGGGUUGAAAGGUUACUCCGGUCAAUCGAUCUCGAUCUAAAGCUGCACAUCCCGCCGAUUUCGUUUUGUACGGACAACGCGGCCAUGGUAGCCUGGACUGGAAUUGAUAAACUGGUGCGCGGAAAAACCUCGGGGCUGGAUGUCCCUGUGGCUGCCAAAUGGAGCAUCGAAGAUGCCGAGGAUGAGUCUGCCGGGACAAUGAAUUAA